GCUCAGACUCAGAGGAUAGUUGUUGGAGCAGAGAGCACGGCAACAGCAGCAGCAGUUCAUUACACCCAGACCACCAGCUGGAGGAAAUAUUUACCUGUGCGCCGCCAGGACGAACUCAGAGGGAUUUUCAUUAAUUUUCAUCAGACUCAGUCUUAAAGGCGCAGUGAGUGACACUUGAAAUAGUAAUCUCUGUCGGACCCACUGAUCUGUCCUGUAUCCAGACAAGUUUUUUUCCGCCUUGAAUGAGUGAGAAUUUACCCAGAGACUGAAUCCAACCUUUUGCAUAUAUUUCGGAGAGACAGCGCGCCUGGUUUCAUAAAGAGGAGCGUAAUCAACCAUGGCGAGACAUGACGCCCGAAAUUGGCAUGACUGCGUUAAAGUGACCAGACUGUUCUUCUUGGUCGCGUCGAUACUUUUACUACAAGGGGCGUCGGGUCAGAGGGUCAAGGUGGAGCCAGAGGUGUCGUCGUAUCCCGGUCAGACAGUCAACCUGCGCUGUGCCUUCACUGAUGCCACUGGGAUUCAGCUCACAAUGGUCACAUGGAUCUAUGAGCCAAAGGAAGGAGAAAGGCUCAAUAUAGCCGUGUUUCACCCAAACUUUGAUCCCAACUACCCGGAUUCACCUGUGAAGGGUAGAGUCAGCUUCUCACCCAGUCCCCCCAGCCUGACCAGUCCUUCCAUCCAGAUAAGCAACGUUAAGAUGACAGACGAGGGAAGAUACAUCUGCGAAUACGCUACCUACCCCAGUGGCAACGAGCAGGGCAUCACCAACUUGGUCAUGCUCGCUAAGCCUCAGAACUCGGCCACCAUCGUAACAGUGGACGCAGGCACUAAGCCCGUCGUUGUGGCACGAUGUGAGUCUAAGGAUGGCCGGCCCCCUGCCCAGAUCUCUUGGGUGACCACAGCCAAUGGCAACGCAACAACAGUGUCUAAGGCAGGUACAGACAACACUAUGACUGUUACCAGCGAGUACAUCAUGGUUCCUACAGCGGCAGACAACGGAAAAGACAUCAGCUGCGUGGUGUCACACAGGACCCAGGUCAAAUCAGACAGCCAUCCAUUGAAACUGGUCAUUCAGUAUGCCCCUCAGGUGUCAAUAAUUGGUUAUGACAAUAAUUGGUACGUGGGCCGUACAAAUGUGGUGCUCACCUGCCAGGCUACCGGAAACCCCGUCCCAUUGUCUGUCCAGUGGAAGACUAUGACUGGAGAGAUGCCAGACACGGUCCAGAUUAAAGAUAACCAGCUGAAGGUACUGAAGGUGGAUGAUGCCGUCAACACCACUUUUGUCUGUGAGGUCAAGAACCGCAUCGGAACCGGCAAGGAUCAGGUCACAGCCAUGGUCAGGGAGCCCUCAGUGAACCCAUCCAAUGCCCGCGUGGUGGCGGCGGUUGUGAUUGUCUCCCUACUGGUCCUCCUUUUGGUCGCCGCUCUCAUCGCCGUGUUUGUCACCCGUAGCCGCAGGCAACAGCAGGGUUACCGAGCCAAAGGCGGCAGUGACAUGAAGACACGCAUAUUUGGUGGCGGUAAGAAGGCCAGCAAGAACGGCACAGGUGGAGGCGCAGGCAGCGGUGGCGUUGGAGGCGGUAACAACAACGGCCCCAUCUAUGUUUACAACGAGAGUUCCUCCCACCAGGGCCUUGGCGAGAAAAACAACCACCACCAGCCGCUCACCAUUGGGGGCCGGCCCGAAGGCGUAGCCACUACACCCACUGCCCAAGACAUCCUGCUAAGCAAUGAGCUGGAUGACGCAGAGAGGAGGAAGUUUGAUGAGCUUGAGGAGGACGAGAGGUAUGACCACUUCACCGGAGGUGCCCCCAUCCUUCAGCUUCGCCCACCUCAUGACCAGGACGAUAUUAUUGGAGAUUACCUGGAUGAUGACAUGGAGUCCCAGCGGGAUGGCUCUGUCAUCUCACGGACUGCUGUCUACGUAUAGAGAAGGAGAAAAAGGGGGGAUGGAGGAUUACUCUUGAGGAUUUUGUGGCUCCAGGGUCUCAUCCCUGUCUGAUAGCAAAAGAGAAAAUAAUACCACUUUUAUUUUUGAAAAUUGAUUUUAAAUAUAGUCUAUUAUUAAUCACAGUGCAGCCCCAGAAUGGACCGAAUGAACAGGAGGGUGUGGUAGGAUAAUCUGAAAGGAGCAUCGCUGUUAUCUGGUCCCUUAAAACUGAAAAUCAAACAGAGAAGAAACAACCUGUCUCCCACUGCUUCUGCUCAUGCUACUGCUAUCACUGGGACCCUGACAAGGACUCCUGACAGACAGACAGACUAAAAGAGAAAAACUAUGUAGUAUGGGAGGAGGAUAAUGGCAUCAUGAUACAAGCUUGGCUAUAGAGGAUGCAUCUCACUUGCAUAUUCACUCUUAUCUUCACCAGAACAGUAGAAGUGGAAGGGGUUGUCAAGCAGUUAUGUGCUGCCUGCUAUUCUCAGUCCUCCUAUGGGAAACCUUUGUUUUGGUAAUGCAUUGUGAUGUGACAGCUGGGUAGGUGGUUAGUAGGUAGUGAUGGGCUGGGGGGGAGAAACAUUUGAAGGUAAAGACAGUAACUAUCAGGUGAUUUGCAGAAGGAAACUUUGUAUUUGCUCAUGUCUGCCGCACCAGGUACACUGGUGAGUUCUGUUUUACACUCUCUGCCUUCCUCUCAAACAUGAAAAAUCUACUCUGCAAACUAUCGCUGACAGCAGACACUGUUGAAUUUACUAAAAAUUAAAGAGAACAAUAGGUCCUUAUGUGCUACACAAAUACAAGAGCAGCUGGAUUUAACAAAGUAAGUUUGCAGAGCUUGAGUUUGAACCAAGUUCUUAACAAGGUAUUCAUGCAAACUUUUGUACUGUGCCUGGAGGUAAAAGACGGUAAACAAGAGACAAGGGAAUGAGGUGUAGCCGAUCUGACAGGGUCAAAGGAUCGGGAGAGGGAUGCAGGAGGACUAGAAGGGAGCACGUCUCUUCCUUUCUCUUCCUCCUCAUCUCUGUCUCUUCAGAGCGCUCCUGACAGGAGGAGCUUGAUUGGUAAUGAGCCGUGAAGUCGCUCGUUUAGCCGGGACCAACAGAUUGCCACCACUUAUCGUUUAUGACGUGGCGAAUCCUCCCCCCUCCCAUGUCUAUCUCUCUAUCAUCCCUCCACCUCUCUCUCCAUCCCUCUCUCCAUCCCUCUCUCCCAGUGUUUAUGGGGAAUUUAUGAUUUAUCCAGGGCAGUGUCGGGGUCAGGGCUACAGAGAGCAGGAGAGUAUUUUACUGCUCCUGAUGUGUCAAACGCCCCACUUACUCUAUUCCUGCCCGGUCUUGUCCUGACAUACCAGGACUGACUAAUCCACCUGAAGUGGCCACAUUCACUCCACUGCACUGACAGUGUCUUCACUGUCAUUACUGCCUCCUCCUAUAUUUUAAUAAAUGACCGGAUGUAACAGAACCUCACCUCUAAAGUACGACAGUAUUAGUUUCGAUAGAUUUUCAAUGAGAUCGUGUAAUAUUUCUUUCCAUUAGCGGUUAAAUGUAGUGAAUUGAUUGGGAGACAUAAAAGGUUGUGUCCACAGUGAAGCUAUGGGAGUCAUAUUGACUAACAGGCAACAAGUAAUGAAACAGCCCUUUAUGAUGCAGCUUCAGGGGUUAUUGUCUCCUGACUGUUAAUUUAUCCUUCUAACGAGCCACCGGAGGCCCGCUCAGGCGAACAUUACUCCAUGGCUACUGUACACUCUGUCUUUGAGGCUUAGUGUGUACAUUUGCAUGAGUCACUGUAUCUAUGUAGCCACUGGAUGACUGUGACGGACAAUCUUUGGGAGAAGCCCUACUGUAGCUCCUCUAAUCAUGCUUUUUCCUGGCCCUCUAAUCAACUCCCUUUUGACCCACUGGGAAUCUGGUGAGUGCGGUCUCGGUGACUGUAUCUACCUCCCGUAAGAGCCAGCUGAGAUCUGGGUUGCAGCAUGCUGCAGGUCAUGAGGUCAAACACUGGGUGACCCAUUGCCAAGGGCAAGGAUGACUGUACUUGGACAUAUUUCUUAUCAUGGCUGUUUUAACCUUGAUCUAUGGAUAUGUUCUGUACAGACAAACACUCAUAUACAGAUUUCCAUAUAGGGUAGAGGCAGUCAUUGCUUGCCAUUGUGAUGGCUGUUAACCUUCAAAGAGGCAGAGAGAGAGAGAACAGGAGAGAAACAUAAGAGGCAGAUGACAAAAAAGACUGUGUUCAGUGUUUGAGCACCAUCUGGCAUAUUGUGAGCCAGUGUGUUCAAUAGGAUUAUCGUCUAAUGGCCUUAGUUUAUACAUAAAUGCAACUCUUGUCAACCUGGGGUACAGUAAAUUUACAAAACACAGUUGAUUUGUCACAAUCACUCAACAUAAAAAUGUAUAACUUAUUUUUGCACUUGUGUGUUUGUGUGUGUGUGUCACGGCUACAAAGAAGGAAAAUUAGUGUAAUUUGUGGUUUUUGGGGUCAAAAUAGUGACAAGGAACAAACUGUUCUGUACUGUAUGUACAUUUUGGUGUGAGGUAUCUGUGUACUAUAUAUGUAAGUAUCUUUAUUUUCUUGUGAAAAUGUGGAUAUUUAUGAAAAUGUAAAUAUCAGAUCGACAGAGCCAGUGUUUACCAGUGUUGUGGAACUAAACAGAAGAAAGUGUUCUGCAUUGGUUAAGCCUAAAGUUCAGAUGUCUCAGAGGUCAAUGAGAAUGUAAUUUUUAAUCUAAUGAAUACCUCGGUUGUUUGGGUUUUUGUUCAAGUUAGCAUUGCCUGCAUUUUCACACAAUAAGCACAUACAUUUUUUGCACAAUUGGCUUUUCUCCACUCCGCACAAUACAAAAAUACACACAAUACUCAUAAAUACUCAUAAUUUAUCAGGUAGACCGUAACCUCACAUGUCUGUGUUACAUCUGAGUCAGCUCUGUGUGUGCGCUUGUGUCUGUGUGUUUUAGGUUGUGUCAGUGUGUAUUUUAAGUGAUGCUUGGGGGCUUCAGGACAUCUUUCAUUGCCAUUGGGGCUGUAACCUGAGUAGCCUCCAUUUUGUCACCAUGGAAAACUGGCAAACUGAAGAUAUUGUGAACGUUGAAGUCACACUCGCUCUCUCACAAACACACACACACAUAUGUAUGUGUGUGUG